GUUUCCAUUGUUCAAUCUGUGUGUGUUUGUUUGAAUCACAAUUAAACUUUGAUUCAAUUUUUGUUGUUUUUCAUUUUAAAAUUGUCAAAUUUUAUUGAUUAUCAUUUUUUGAAACAUGGCUAGUGUAGGUCAUUUAGCUUUUGAUGAAUUUGGUCGUCCAUUUUUCAUUUUGAAAGAUCAAGAACGACAAAAACGUUUGACCGGUACCGAAGCUAUCAAGAGCCAUAUUUUAGCCGGUAUUAGUGUUGCUAAAAUAUUACGAACAUCUCUUGGACCAAAAGGUUUGGAUAAAAUAAUGGUAACAGCUGAUGGUGAUGUUACAAUUACUAAUGAUGGUGCUACAAUACUUAAAAUGAUGGAUGUUGAACAUCAAAUUGCUAAAUUAUUGGUUGAACUUUCACAAUCACAAGAUGAUGAAAUUGGUGAUGGUACGACCGGUGUUGUCGUUUUGGCUGGAGCUUUAUUGGAACAAGCCGAACAAUUAUUGGAUCGUGGUAUACAUCCUAUUCGUAUUGCCGAUGGUUUUGAAUUGGCCGCACGUCAUGCAAUGGAACAUUUGGAUAAAAUUUGUGAAAGUUUUCCAAUCGAUCAACAUAAUCUUGAACCAUUAAUACAAACAGCUAUGACAACAUUAAGUUCAAAAAUUGUUAAUCGAUGUUUGAGAAAAUUUGCCGAAAUAGCUGUGAAUGCUGUUAUAUCGGUUGCCGAUCUGGAACGAAAAGAUGUUUCAUUUGAUUUGAUUAAAGUUGAAGGUAAAACUGGUGGUCGAUUGGAAGAUACUGUUUUGGUCAAUGGUGUUAUUGUUGAUAAAAAUUUUAGUCAUCCACAAAUGCCAACCAAAUUGAAAGAUGUAAAAUUGGCCAUAUUAACCUGCCCGUUUGAACCACCAAAACCAAAAACUAAACAUAAGUUAGAUGUACAUUCGGUUGAAGAUUAUCGUAAUCUACGAAAAUAUGAAAUACAAAAAUUUGAACAAAUGGUUCAACAGGUUAAAGAUGCUGGUGCAAAUCUGGUUAUCUGUCAAUGGGGUUUUGAUGAUGAAGCUAAUCAUCUUUUAUUACAAAAAGAAUUGCCAGCUGUACGUUGGGUUGGUGGUCCGGAAAUUGAAUUGAUUGCUAUUGCAACCGGUGGUCGAAUUGUACCACGUUUUGAAGAAUUAACACCGGAAAAACUUGGUAAAGCUGGUAUUGUACGUGAAUUAGUAUUUGGUACUACACGUGAUAAAAUGUUGGUCAUUGAACAAUGUCCUAAUACUAAAGCUGUUACAAUAUUUAUUCGUGGUGGUAAUAAAAUGAUUGUUGAAGAAGCUAAACGUUCAAUGCAUGAUGCUUUAUGUGUUGUUCGUAAUCUGAUCAAAGAUUAUCGUAUUGUUUAUGGUGGUGGUGCAGCUGAAAUAUCCUGUGCAUUGGCUGUUUCGAAAGAAGCUGAUAAAAUUACUUCAUUAGAACAAUAUGCAUUCAGAGCAUUUGCCGAUGCAUUAGAAUCAAUACCAUUAGCAUUGGCUGAAAAUAGUGGUCUUUCACCGAUUGAAACUGUUGCCGAGAUUAAAUCACGUCAAGUAAAAGAAUCAAAACCACAAUUAGGUAUUGAUUGUGUACAGAAAGGUACUAAUGAUACAUUGAAAGGUCAUUUUCAACAAUGGGGUGAUAUUGUUGAUUGUGUUGUAAUGCGUGAUCCACAAUCAAAACGAUCACGUGGUUUUGGUUUCAUUACCUAUUCAAAAUCAUCGAUGGUUGAUCAGGCACAAAAAUCUCGGCCACAUAAAGUUGAUGGCCGUGAAGUUGAACCAAAACGUGCUGUACCACGUGAAGAUUCGGGUAAACCGGAUUCACAAGCAACGGUGAAGAAAAUAUUUCUCGGUGGUCUUAAAGAAGAUAUUGAAGAAAAUGAUCUUCGUGAUUAUUUUAUUGAAUUUGGUAAUGUUGUCAAUGUGAAUAUUGUCACUGAUAAAGAUACUGGUAAAAAACGUGGUUUUGCAUUUGUCGAAUUUGAUGAUUAUGAUCCUGUUGACAAAAUAGUUUGCAAACGAACUGAAGUGAAAAAAGCAUUAUCAAGACAAGAAAUGGAUACGAUGAAACGUAAAACUGAAGCACGAAAUGUUAAUCGUGCUGGAGGUGGAACACGUAAUGCACCAGUCUGGGAAUCUGGUCCCGGUAAUUAUGGUGGUGGAGGAGGUGGAUAUGGUGGCGGUGGUGGAUAUAAUCAAGGAUAUGGUGGCUAUGGUGGAGGUUAUGGCCAAAAUAGCUAUGGUCAACAAAGUCAAGGUGGUUGGAAUCAAGGUCAAGGUGGCUGGAGUUCGGAUUAUGGAAAUUCUGGUUAUGGUAACUAUGGCGGAGGUGGUGGUGGUGGUGGUCCAAUCCGAAACACCAAUUACAGCCAUAGAGGUCAAGGACCAUAUGGAGGUGGUUAUGGAAGUAAUUAUGGUGGUGGUAAUUAUGGUGGACGUCGUUGAUGGAUUUUUCUCAUUCAUUCAUUCAUUCAUUAAUUUUCUCCAUUUUUUUCCUGAUAAAAUAAUCAUUCAUUGUCGACAUUUUCAUUUUUCCGCCAAAAAAAUAUUCAAUCUCGG